AUGAAAAAAAUCUGGAGCAAAAACGGCAGAUCCAGGCCCAAAACAAAGGCCGGCGACGACGACGCCUCCUUGGCGCCCUCGGAAGCAGAUCUGGCACACGUUCCGCAUCUCCGCUCGUUGAUUCUCCCAGAUUAUGACGCCAGGCAAUCCAAACACGCGUGGGUGAAUGCUACAUUGAAUGCUCUGUCCCGAGAGUUCUCCGAAGCUCAGCUCAAGCUCUUCCGGCUUGAGUUGCGCGGAUCGCACUUGUACUUUUUCCGCCCUCCGCCACUGGUCGAUGCUCGUCUGUUCAAAUUGGACACUUUUGGUGACCUUCCGCGGGCGGAUCCAUCCGCUUCGGUUAGUAAACUCAGCUUGGAUAUUUCAAACAGUAGCUCUUCCACCAUGGGCAUUUCUUCUCCCGUGCUGUUUGCAGGCGACACUUCAACGAUUUACAAUGCUUCGGAUAUGGAAUCCUUGCGGAUCCGCCCGCCGCACUCCGCCGGUUCUCUGUCGUCUCACAUCACAUUGUCGACCCCAUCUGGAGAAACCAACAAUUACACAGAUACCAUUACAUAUUUCUCCCCAGACGUGCCGCAUCCAGACUUGAAGUUCGAUGAGACUCUGGGCAAAUUCGCGUCGUCUUCACCACUCGAAGCUUUGGUCCACUUCUACCUCUUCGCAGACUCAAAAACCCAUGAAGCUCCACUCAAGUCACUCCUUUGCGUGAUGCCAAUGAUGUCCAAUUUUGUUGCUAUUUUGAGACUCCUUCACUUGUUUGUGUUGGCGCUCUACGAAGACAAGUUUGGUGAGCAGACAUCUAGGGUUGUACCAACAAGGAGAGUUCUUAAGUUGUUUAGUCACCUCGAUACCCAUUUCAGCGGAUUUUUUUUGAAAGCAGAUACUGCGUCAUAUUUGCUCAAAUUUCUUGACCCUUUUGCUCGCAAUGGCCCUGCUGAAUUGAGUGACCAAAUCGCCAAAUUCAAAUCGGAUAUGUUACUUAGACAAGAGCUGCUUCUCACACUUGUGAACUCAUCUGCACUCAACUCGUACUCAAGCUCCACUCAAGAUCCACUCGUAGAGUUGAACUCUACGGUAUUUUUGAACGAUAUCGGCUUGUUCGAGUUCGCGGAGGCUAUCACAGAAAUUGACUUGACAUUUUUCAAGAGUUGGAGCUCGAGCAAAGAUAAAUCACUAUUACUCACAACUUCUAUUUUGGAAUCAUCUCCGGGUGAUAUCCUCUACAAGAAGAAUCCACUCAUUUUCAGCAACAAUAAGCAUGUUCACUACCUUUCCCGACUUUUAGUGAAUCAUCUAUUUCUUGAGUCUUAUAAUAUGACCGCUGAGUUACGUGCCCGCAUAUUAGAGAAAUGGAUCGACCUUGGAUGUCUCUUAGACAAAUUGGGUAACAUGUCGCUGUGGCUAGGUAUCUCUUCGGUCAUUUUAUCGCAGCCUGUUUUGAGACUCACUUCCGUCUGGAGACAUGUGUCAGAAGACUACAUAGCUCUCAUCAGAAAAGAUUGGUCUCUGGUUCUCUUUGAGCUCGAUAGAAGGCAUUUAGCCACUCCUUUUGAGUCGGUGACAUUUGGCUCGUCCUCUGGAACAGACGUGCAGACAACUUUCAAGGACUCUUUCCACAUCAUGGCUCCAAGAGGUCUCGGAAAAAUUUAUCCAAAAAGUCGAAUCAUUCCUUACUUUGGUGAUCUCUUGGUUAACAACUCUACGCUGGCUUCAAUAGACGAGCUUGACUCCGUCUGGAAGAAGAUUGACUACUCGUUUGAGAGGUGGAACGAAUAUCUUGACUCUUUGAAAGAUUCUGAUGAUCUCAUUUCCUAUAAUCAACGAAUUCUUAGACAUUAUGACGCAAGCGGAUUCAUUUUCUCGAAUCAAAGCUUAAAUCAAGUGUUAUGCCUUGGCGUUAAAAAUGACUUGGCCAAUUUGGUGCCACAAGGUCUCGAUACGGAUGUUCCCAGUAAUAAUGGCACACACAAAUUCGCUCCCGAAGAACUCUCUGCGAAACUACAUAGGCUCGUUGGUCUAAAUUGUGACUCGAUAAACCUAGAGACGAUCAUGAAAUAUUCUUUGAAUUUGGAGUGUUCACCACCAGAGAACUAUGUCAAGAGUCCAGAUUCUCAGUCUAGAAAUAACCCCGGUUCUACUCUCCCAGAGUCUCUAUGUAGCUACAACGAUGCUUCGGACAGUGACAACAUAUCCUUAUACUCCUCGCGAUUGUCUGGAACAAAAGCAGAGGACAAGUUGCCUCUAUUCAACACAAAUGUCUUCAAGGUCGACUUUGACAAAUAUGACCCAUUCAAUGGUGCUCCUGAUCCCUCCGAUAUAAAUGUCGAUAAAGAGUUAAUACUUACGACUAGCAACUUGAGCAUUGAUGCCGAUAGUUCGAUUAUUGAUGAAUUGGGCAAAAUGGGCGACGUUCUUAAUGAUGAUGAGCCACAUAGCGGAUUGGGAAUUGAUGUUGAUAAUAUACUCAACUAUGAAAAAUUCAAGGAAUUUUCGUUAGAGGACCUCACAGAUUCAAAGGAGGAUGAAUGGGCAAACAACAGUGAUACGAAGCACAAUUCUAUACGCUCUCAACUGGCCUCUGAAGUUUUAGCGCAUGUCACCAGAUAUUUACCAAGAUCUUCCUCGAUUGAUCGUCUUAUUGAUCUAAUGAUUCUUGAUCCUCGCUAUUUUGACGAUAGUCAAUUCUUUGAGCUUUCGGAGUAUAGAUCAGUGUUCAUGUUGAACUACAGCACGUUCAUUACUACUAAAGAUUUGCUCCUGCGUUUGGCGCAUAGGUUUGUCCACUCUGGAAAUGCUGUCAUUUCAGUUAUGAAAAAGCAGUACAUGUUGAAAAACAAGAAGUUUGAUCCUGCAACUUUUGGUACCUAUCCAAACUGGGAGUUUGACAAAGAAGUCAAUUUAACAAUGUUGGGCAAGGUUGACUACAAAUUGUUGCUUAAAAUUCAGACAAAUAUCUUGAAAGUUUUGAUAGUUCUCAUCAAUAACUUUUUUGGCAGCUUCCUCAACGACUUGGCGAAUAAAAGGGUAAUGAUCAAGCUUCUCAAACUCUACAGCAACGAGAUUUUGCAGUGGUACAAUUCGAGCAAAAUCGAUAGCGAUUUAGAUAAAUCUUUUGAAAGUUUGGUCUCGUUCUACAAACGGUUGAAGAAGGUUUUCGUUAUGAAGACGUACCGUCCUUUCCUUCCUCCUAAGAUUGACACUAUACUCUUGCAAAGCUUCAAAUUUACCAGCACAGUAUCAGAGGUGCCUAUCAAUCGCAAUUUGCCAAGUCACAAGAACGUACAGAAGAUUGAAAAGUUCCUUAAUAAAUUCAAUGAGUUGGUAGCUUCCUUCUACAAAGGAAUUACUCCUCAAAAUUGGUUUACAUUCUACAAAAUCCUCGAAAAUCUGUACGAGAACGGCACAUUGUUAAAUUACAAAUCACAGUCUUACGACGUUUCCGAGGACAAAUUGACUAUCAGCAACGUCUACGAUUAUCUCUUCACUUUGUUCGACUCAACUAAGGAUGACCUUGUCUUUGUGAAAUUGCCACUCAUAUUGCAGACUUUGCUCUCCUUGUUUUCAAAAUUUAAAAGUUAUUUGUUGAUACAAUUGUGUGACCCCUUGGUGAGUGAGACAGAAAGGUUAGACCGCAUGAAAACUUUGUUGAUUAUGGCAAAGAUCUGUAAAAUAAAAAUGAGAGACCUUCCUUUUGUUUUAGAAGGAAACUCUGGGCCGAUCCCAUCUUUUAUCGAGUCAGCUAUUGUGAACGCUAUUUACUCACCACAAAGCCGAUAUUUUGCGAAGCAGUGGGUGAAGGCUGCUCUGCUCUUGAACUUUGGAGAGGAAAAUCUUUCAUCAAAAAAGUUUGACUCGUUGGAUGCCUUACUUCCAACAAAUAUCACCUCAUCCGAUUUGAUAAGCUCAGACGAGCCUUUGCUCCCAUGUAUUGGCUGGAUCGUUGAGAAUAUGUUAGACAUGAACAGUUGUCCUUCGUAUCAUGGAACUCUCAUUAACUUUAACAAGAGAUACAUUUUGUUUAGGUUCAUCAAAGAACUCAUCGUUGAAGACACUAAGGAAUAUGCGGAAAUUCAAACAGAAUCGAAAGAAUUUGAUUUCUUGUUUCUGUUGAAUGAGAAUUUGUCGCAUAUGAAUAACGUGACCUACGAUGUGAACGAAAUCUAUCCAAAAGGAUUUUUUGAAACGAUCAUCAAGAAUCAGUAUGCUCUUAUUGCAACUGAAGCUCAACGGAUGAGCACAAGACAAGCAAAGGUUUCAACCGAGCAAACUUCUGUAUCAAGUUCGAAGUCUCUUUCAAAAAAGAUUUCAAACUCAAGUUUACGGAGACAAUCAUUGAACUUCAAAGCCAGCGCGUCUCUGAAGUUCAGACUUGGAGGGCUCUUCACUAAACCCAAGGGCCUCGGCCUGGGCAGUAGUAGCGACAGAGUUGUUAGUGUCAGAGAGCUUCCUGAUUGUCAGACUUUGGUAGAUCCAAAGCAGAAGCCUGUCCUUGUCAUUCCGUUGAAGGACCGUAAGAUUUUUCCCGUUUAUCUACUUCCAGCAUGCUUCAAGAUCGAUACUGAAAACUCGAAUGAUAUAUGUUUCCUACAAGCUGCAAGUGAGGCUGAUGCUCAAGACUGGCUUAGGAAGCUUAACUAUGCAAACAGACACUGGUUCUACUCCCGUUCUAUUAACUCCAAACAGAACCACUCCAACACUACGUUUGGUGUGCCUCUUGAUCUAGUUUGUGCUAGAGAUGGCUCGUAUGUGCCCCUUGUGUUGACUUGUAUCUUCAACAUUUUAGAAGCUGAGGGUUUGAAGGAUGUGGGAAUCUACCGUAUCGGUACAUCUCUUAGUGAGCUCAACAACCUCAAGCAGGAGAUUGACAAGACUGGCACAAUAAACAUUCAGGACCGUGGUUUUGAUGUGCAUGCUCUCACUAGUUGUGUGAAGCUGUACUUCAGGGAGUUGCCUGACGCUAUUUUGACUGAUGAUGUUAUAGAAUCAAUUCAGCCAUUCAAGCGCACUCAAAAAGAUCAGGAGGGAUUUGAGGAGAAUGAAGUCCAAGCUUACAAAUCAUUUUUGUCGAAACUUCCGCUCAUUAAUUAUUGCACUCUCAAGGCGUUGAUAGAACAUCUCAACAAAGUGUACCAAAACCGCGAGCACAACAAAAUGAACUCGUCCAACUUGGCUACUGUUAUCGGCCCAGCUCUUACCGAAGCAAGCAAUUUGGACUCUCUAAUUAAUAACUUUGGACUCAUGAAUUACAUCCUUGAACAGUUGAUUGAGCACUAUGAAGCUAUCUUCUGUUAG